AAAAUUAUAUAUAUGAGGUAAAUUUUAGCCUCAAAAUAUUCACGACAGUUAUGAAUUAAUAAAAUUUUUGGUCUUAAGAAAUAAAAAGCAGCAACUGAUAAACGAUUCUCUGCACUUUAAGUUUAUCAAAAAUUCACAGCAACUUAAACUACAAAUAAGAUUAUUUUUCUCUAAAUGAAAAAUGAACAAUUCAACUAUAAUCGAAUAUUCAUUAACAAAUUUUCAAUUUCUUUCUGUAUGCCACUAUAUUACUGGUUUUUCAUAUUUUCUUUAUGACAAACAAUUAAUAAAAUUAAAUGAACAAAAUCAAACUAUUACUGUUUUAAAUACACUCUUUGAAUAUUUAAAUAAUUCAGAAAAUGAAUUUGAAGUAAAACUGAAAAUUCUUCAAAAAAUACUAAAAGAAACCGAUUUAUAUGGUGGUGGCGAAAAUGAAACACUUGACAUAAAAUACGUUGAUGAAACAUAUCAUUACAUUAUUAGCAAAACUCUAUUUUCCCAUUAUGGAAACAUUAAUCGAUAUUUAGCUGGAAUAAUUAAUAAAUCAAAUAAAAUAGAAUAUUUUGAACUCAAGAAAACAGUUUUUGAAGAAUUUUCCCAAAAUUACAAAACUCGUGAUUAUUGUUCAUCGGAAAAUGAAAGUUUUAAACUCACACCUUUAGCGACGAGAAAAAUUUUCGAUGAUUUCAUUUGGAUAAUUUUUCCCCUACCGAGUGAGAAUAUGAAAAUAAUAGAUGUUCAUUAUAUAUACGCAAUGGUUGGUUUAAAAUUUAUUAGUGCUACUUUGGAAGAUACAGGAAAUUUAACUUUUGAUAAUUAUAUUCUAAUAGGACGUGAAAUUGAUUCCCAACCAAUUGAUAAGAAAAAUAAUGAAUUAAUUUUUGAAUUAUUCACAGUUCCAGCUUUAUUUUUUUACGCCUACAAUGAGAGGGAGGAAUUUCGAAAAUAUAAUAAAUCUCUGAAUAAUGAAUUUUGGAUUAAUGCUUAUAAAACAUUAUUUUUGUAUAUUAAUAAUUCAAUGAAGAGAAUAAUUGAUAUGGUAAUGAAAGAAAAUCUUCAUUAUCAAUUGGAUACGGAAAUUGAAAAAUUAAAAACACGUACCUUCAUUGGAUACAAAAUUCUUAAACGCUAUUGUGAUUAUAAUCAUUAUGGAGAAGUUCCAUUAAUUUAUGUGAUCAUGUAUAAAACCCUUUAUUUGUGGUUAAUGAAAUUAAUUCUUCCCGUUCGUUGCAAUGAUAUUCCAAAUUUAGAAGAUGAAUUUAAUAAACAAUUUGUAAAUGUUGAAAAAACAUAUAAUGAAAUUGAAAUGAAUUCAAUUGAAAAAGUAUUAACGGAUAGUAAUUUAGUGGAAAAAUUAAAUGAAUACGUUACUAUUUGGUUUGCACGAGUUCCUGAUUAUCCAAUGUAUAGUAUAUACGUUCCACCAGCGACACGAGAAAUGAACAAGGAUAUAUAUUUAUUGUUCACAAUAGAAAAUAACAAUAAAGAAGAAUUUUAUGCCCUUCAACAGAAAGAAAAUGCUUUAACUUUAAUUACAAGUAUUGAAAAUGAACAAGAAUUUGCUAAAGCAGUUGCUAAUGAUUCUUCAUUAAUAAUGGAAAAAGCAAUAUUUUCCAUAAUUCUUAAAUAUCGUGGUGAAAAUUACAAAGCAUUUAUUUAUAGAAUUGCCAAAAUAAAGACAAAACAAUUUUUAAAAGGAUUGAAAAAUUAUUAUAGAGAAGAAACGGCAGGUGAGAAUGUUUUAAAUGUCAUAAAAUCACUUAUUCCAUUUUACAAUUGUAUUGAAAGUAUAAAAGCAAAUGACAAUUUUGGUAUUGGAUUUAGUUGCACUUUAGAUAUAUUUAGUUUGAUUCCAUUUAGUGGAUUUACAAUGAAAUAUUUAUCUAUAUUUAAAAAUGAAUUGACGACUAAAAUUUUACAUACAAUUUUAAUGAACAGUAUUGUUUCUAAAGUAAAAAUAACUGGACGUUUUACAUUUCAAACACUGGCUAAAGAAAUUUUAAUUGUGACAAGCAAAACAAUAACCAAUAAUAUUUUGACUAAGGAAAUGAUUAAAGAUUUAUUAAUCACUUCCCUACUUACAGUGGAUCCUGGAUUUGAGAAUUUGUAUAAAUUAGGCAAAUUUACCAUUAAUACAAUUCGUGAUACAUAUAAAUUUUUGCAUUCCACUGUUAAAAAUAAAAGGAUGAAAAAUUUAAUUUCCCUAUUUGAGACAAUUUUAAAUAAAAAAUUUCUUCCUGAUCAUACAGGACUUGUACCUUUUGUUCUAGGUGAGGGAAAUAAUUUCCAAAUUGUUAGAUACAUUUAUCCGAGUGGUUCUCAUUUUUUUGGACCUACUUGUUUAAAAUCAUUUGGCAAAACUGCGGAAUUACGAACUGUUAAUGAUUAUCUCUUUAAAUUACCAGUUGUGCCUGUUAAAUCAAAAGAUAAAAUUUUCUAUCAUCUAUAUAAUCCCAGUACUGGUGAAAUUUUUAAAAAUAAAUACAAAAUGAAUGAAAAUAAUAUUUUUGAAAAAAUUGGUUAUCUCCUGGAGGAAUUUGGAUCUCAAUGGAAUGAAAAAGUAAUAAAAAAUUAUGAUAUCUAUCCAAUUACAGUUAAUUGGAAUAAAUCACCUAAAAAAUUUAAUUCACAAAUCAUAAAUUCUGGAACAAGACAAGACUAUCAUAAUAGCAAUGAACAUUCUACAAUAAGAAGAAAAAAUUCUGAUGAGUAUGUUAAUCUCCAACCUCCAGAAAUUUUGAAAAGAAAUAAUUUAGAUGAUAAUUACAUGAAUAUUGAAUAUUUAAAAACUCCGAAGGAAAAUUCAAUUAUUCCUAAAAGUUCAAUGGACAUAAGAGAUGAAAAUUUGGUUCAACCUGGAAUUUUUAAAAAAAUUACAGUUGAUUCUAAAAUACCUCCAGUCUUAAAUCCUAAUAUUCCAAGUACUUCAAGAGGAAUUGUAAAAGAAUCACCCUAUUUCCCUCCAUCAACUGUUACAAAUAAAUUUCCAUCAACACAAAUAAUGUAUAAAUCCAUUAGUUUCAAUAAUCCCCAAACUUUACAAGAAAUUGCAGAACGUCAAUUUGUUAAUCAAAAUCUUAUAACAAAAGAAAUUGUACCUAUUAAUUUUCCCAAAAUUACAAACAAAAUUCAAUCAAUAUCAAAAUUUAAUUUUCCCCAAUCAAUUAAUAUUCACAAUCAAGGAAUGUUAAUAAGACAAACAACAACAGGUGGACAAAAUUUAAGAGAAAAUUAUCUAUACGAUCCAAAUGUUCAUAAAACUUUAUUGAAAAAAAAUGAUUAUAUUAAUGAAUUAGGAAAACAGGAAUAUGAUAAAUUUACAUCACAAUUAAUACAAUUUGGAAAUGGUGAUUUAUCACUAUUAAAAAAUGAUUAUAAAAAUUAUCGAAAUUUUCUUCUAAAAUUAGAUAGAAUAACAUUUAUGCAAAUUGAUGAAAUUUUAACAAAGCCAAUUAAUUUAUGGUAUACACAAACGGUAAAGAGACAAAAUAUAAUUGUUCUAUUAAAAUCAUUAAAGGGAAAAGAUUUUCAUUUUAAUGAUAUUACAUUAUUAACAAAAGUUGGCAUCAAUCCACGUAUUGGUAAACAAAAUAUUCUAACAAGUGAUACAACAAUUAUAUAUCAAUUAAAUAUUAACAAUCAUUAUGGACUUAUUGAUUUAACAAAUUUUCAUGAUAUUUUUCAACAUCAAUUUAUUAUCUAUCCGGAAAUUUUAUUCAUUGUAACUGAUAUUAAACCUUGUAUGGUAUUAAAAAAUUGUUUAAUAAUUCAAUUAGAAAAAAAACCAUUAAUUAAAGAAACAUGGAUUAAAAAAAGAAACAAUGAACUUAAAUUAUUUGCAUCUAAUGUAAAUUUAAUAAAAUCUGAAAGAAUUUUAAAUAUCGAAGCAGCUGCAGAAUUUGUAUCAGCAAAUGUUCCACUAUGUGAAAUUACAGAAACUAAAAAUAUAAUGAAACAAUAUAUUUUAAAAAUUGAAAAAAGCAAAAGUCAGGUACCAACUUAUGAUAAAAUGGCACAAGAUAUUUAUGAUAAUUUAAAAAUUCCAAAAAUUUAUGAAAAUUUUAAAAUAAAAAAUGAAAUAUUUAUCAAUGAUGUGAUAUUUGAAAAAAAUUUACAACAAAUUGAUUCUCCAUUAUUUGCAUAUCAAAGAUUAAAAAAAAUUUUAGGAUCUAAUCUUGGUGAGAAUGUGCAACAAGUAUUUGAUAUUUAUAAAAAAUCAUCAAUAAUACGUGAUAGUUUAAUAUUUGAAGAUUUUUAUAUUAUUCAUUCGCGAUUAAGAAAAACAUUAAUACAAAAUUUGGAUAAUGAACGAAGAUUUUUAGCUUCAAUUAAUAGAUUAGCAUUGAGACAAUGUAAUGAGGAAUGGAUUAAAAAUUCAAUUACAAUUUAUCAUUCAGAAAUGCUUUCUAUAGAUAGAUGCAAUGAAUUAAGAAUAUAUAAAGAAAAGGAUAAUUAUUCAUUUCCUGAAAUUGGAACAUUUAGUUUUAUAAAUGAAUGGAAAAUGAAUAGAAUUCAAGUUAAUAUGAAAAAUAAAUAUUCAAAACAGCCAGCAUUAUUUCAAGUAUUUCUUAGGAAUCAAGCUGGUAUACCAAAUGUUGGACGGGUUUUACAAAUUCCAGAUGGAAUGUACAUUAUUCCUGGUAAAAUGAAUUUUAUAAUUGAUAAUGUCAAAGAUGAAAUAAUAAAUGGAAUAAAAGUUCUUGUUGUUAAAUUACAUGAUUUAGAAAUACCCACAGAACAAAGAAUGAUUGAUAUUACCAAGGAGCUUAACAAUCUAUUUUCAAGUUCUACCAAAUUUUACAUUACGGAUUAGGUUUUAAUAUUAAAUUUUGUGGAUUAUUAAUAUUUUUUAAAUUUAUUUAUUGAAAUAAAAAAGUUAAAACUAUUUAUACUAUAGGCUUUAUAUAAAUUCAUAUUAUUAUUAUUAUUUAUGUUUUUGAAUUCUAUCAUUUAUGUGUAGUUUAUAAUUAUAAUGUUUAAUAAAAAAAAAAAUUACAAAUUUAUAA